AUGUCUCGGACUAGAACCCCGAAGCAGCAAUUGGGGUUAACAUGGGAACAAUUUAAAGAGGAAGUAAUGGACAAGUAUUUUCCUCAAUCUCUAAGAGAUUUCAAGGAAAGUGAAUUCCUUCAACUCAAACAGGGUAAUAUGUCCCUGAUUGAUUAUGAACGAAAGUUCGAUCAACUCUCAAGAUAUGCUCCACACCUGGUUGACAUGGAAAUUAAGAAGACUAGAAGAUUCAAGCAAGGGUUAAACACAUACCUAAGCAUGAUCCUUAUGUCACAUCAUUUUAAAUCAUAUCGUGAGAUGUUGGAACAAGCUCACGCUAUUUGGUAUCAGAAGGCUAAUGCAGAGCAACACCGUCAAUUGUACAACCAGCAAGAUAGAGGACAUAUUGGAAAGAGGAAGUGGAAUGGUCAAGACAAAGGAAAGGGCAAAUGGCAAAAUAAGAAGGCUAACAUCGGAUCUAGUACCAGCAAGGCCAUAGUAGCUAUAGUUGCACCUUGUCUGAAGUGUGGUAAGCCUCAUCGUGGUGAAUGCUUGUAUGGGAAGAAUGCCUAUUUUCGGUGCGCUAAGCCAGGACAUAUUGCUAAGGAUUGUCUUAUGUUCACUCAAAAGAAGGAUGAUAGCAGUGAUCAGAACAAAAAGGGAAAAGCACGAGUCUUUACACUGACUCAAAAGGACGCAGAGGAAAACUCAAACGUAAUAACAGGUAUUUUACUGAUAUUCAAUACACCUGCUUAUGUACUGUUUGAUUCGGGAGCUACUUACUCUUUUAUAUCAACGUCUUUCAUUUCUAAAUCUAGUAUUACUUGUGAAAAGUCACAAAGUACACUAGAAGUUAGCGUCCCCUUAGGUAGAACAUUAAAUACAGAUAAGUUAGCUAGGUCGGUAAAUCUUGAAAUCGAAGGAAAAACAUUAGAAGCCAAUUUGUAUCUGAUAGAGAUGAAAGACUUCGGUGUGAUUUUAGGCAUGGAUUGGUUGGGAUGUAAUUAUGCAACCAUUCAUUGUAGAGAGAGGGAAGUGUCUUUUCAGAAACCAGGAGAAGAGAAAUUCUCUUUCCUCGGAAUAAAGACCAAACCCCAUCUCCAACUAAUAUCAACCUUGCAAGCUGAGAAAAUGAUGAGAAAAGAAACAUACCAAGGGUUUCUAGUUAACAUCUCAGGAGAAAAACAGACAACAAUGAAGAUUGAGGAUGUACCAGUAGUACAAGAGUUUAUAGAUAUGUUUCCAGAAGAACUACCUGGUGCUCCACCAGAUAGACGAGUGGAGUUCACAAUAGAUCUAGUUCCUGGAGCGGCACCAGUAUCUAAAGCUCCAUACAGAAUGGCUCCAAAGGAACUUCAGGAGUUAAAAUUUUAA